AGCCUUAAAAGACUUGUUUACAUUCUACUGUUCACCAGAAAAAGUGUAACUCAGUCAAUUUUGUGCGCAUUUUAUUCGUUUAUUAUUAUUUACUAAUCAACAUGAAUAGUACAUUGGAGAACGCUAAUCCGUUAAUUUAUGAACGAAUUGACCGUAGGCAAUUCACUGGAACUGAAUUGGAUGAUGAGAUAGAUGAUGAUUUUGAUCCAAGAGAGGUUUAUGAUCACAUAAGGAACAUCAAAGAUCCUGAACAUCCUCUUACAUUGGAAGAGCUUAAUGUUGUCUCUGAAUCAAAUGUUCAUGUUGAUGAGGAAAACAACUUGAUUGAAGUUCAUUUUACACCAACAAUUGAUCGAUGUUCCAUGGCCACUCUAAUUGGACUCUCUAUCAAGGUUAAGCUGAUGCGAUGUCUCCCACCAAGAUUCAAAAUCGAUGUUAAGAUCAGCAAAGGAAGCCAUUCAACUGAGGAUGCAAUUAAUAAACAGUUGAAUGAUAAAGAAAGGGUUGCUGCUGCUCUGGAGAAUCCAAGUUUGUUGCAAGUAAUCAACAUGUGCCUCAAAGAUUCAAUCUAAUUUGCAAGUUAUCUGAAUGCUGUCGUUUUAAUAAAGACGAGUCGCUGGAUCCAACUGUGCUAUUGUACCAAUUGAGAUCAAGAUUCUUCAUCGUGUUUGGAAUAAAAAUCAAAAUAUCAAAAUCUAUCUUUUUUUGUAUUUUAUGUUACCGAAUGUUUGUUUGACACAAAAAAGUCGCUUCGAAAUACAUUACGUUGUUAGAUUUUAAAAUGUAAUUCAAUAAAAAUGAUACAAUUUUUUUGUCUAUU